UGGAGUUAAAGAGUCCAUGCCAGAAUCUAAGUAUAAUGAGUAAAUAGGCACUCUGCUACAGUCUUAGGAUCAGGGGCGGACUGACAACUCAUGGGGCUUCCGGGCAAUAGGGGAUCAUGGGGCCCCUGUGUCCUUGCCCAAGCUCAAAAUCCUAUGAAAAAGGUACCAGGGGCAUCUCAUGGGGCCACCUACUGACCCCAGGCCCUCGGGCAGUGCCCGAGUUGCCAAAUGGUCAGUCCGCCCCUGGU